GAAGGGAGGAAACAUUGUCCUUUCUUCAUUGCAAGUUGCAACCGUCGCUCUAUAAAUGGAAGACCCCAAAGGCAAAGCUUUCUAAAUCUUUAUGGUUUUUCUUUGUCCUUUCUUUCACUUUGGAGUACUGGCAAAAGCAUUGAGAUUCCAAAAGAAGAUGUGCAUAGGUGAAAUCAUUUCUGAUUUCAUUGCUUUGAAGCGUGGUCGGAAUUUGACCGCCGAUGACCUUUGGUCGGAACUUGACACCUACCUAUUGGGUCUGGACUACAAUGGGAAAGACUCUUUCACUCAGUUUGACAACAAGGUCGGUCUAAAAGGCAAGCAACUUAAUAAAGGGACAUGCGAGAGGACCCAGAAGAAAAGCCGAGUCAGAGAAAAAGAGGGAAAGACUCGGCGAACUCGGAAGAAUAUUUACAGAGGAAUCAGGCGAAGGCCAUGGGGAAAAUGGGCAGCCGAGAUUAGAGACCCUCGCAAGGGUGUCCGAGUUUGGCUUGGUACCUAUAACACAGCUGAAGAGGCAGCUCGAGCCUACGAUGAAGCUGCCAAGCGCAUCCGUGGAGACAAAGCCAGGCUCAACUUCCCUCAAGCUCCAGCUGAACCAGCAGCAGCAGCCCAAACUCAGCCUCCUGCUAAGAAAAGGUGCAUCGCUUCUGAGUUGACUUCGGUGAGUUUUGAGGCCACUGUCCCAUCAAACCCACCAAUGCCACUGGAGAGUGAGCUAGAGCUAAAACAACAAAUCUCGAGCCUGGCAUCGUUCUCUGGUUUGGAGCCCGAUGACACUACUCAGCCAUGUCGAAACUGUGAGCCUGACUCAGUGGACCUCUGGAUGCUUGAUGACCUCGUGGCACAUCAUCUGCAACAGCGCCAGCUUGUUCAUUAGAAGACAAAA